GUCGAACAGUCGCUCCUGAUCGAUAUCAAUAUCAUUUAAAUAGAACAAUAUUACAAUCCUCCAGAUCCGGGAUCUAUACCCAUUUCCUGCAACGAUUUGAACCAGAGCAGGCCCCUUCAUCGAACCGAAUUCAUCCACAUGAAGUAAACAAACCAUCCUCCUUUCCCGCCUAAGUACAGUACAUGACCCUCCACGGACAACGCAAGAGAUAAGACAUCGUUCCCAACGCUCCUUUUUUCAACAUCGCAAACACCAUGACCAAAGCCACCAGACGGUCCGGAAAGGACAAAAGCUCUGUCUCCGGCUAUGCUUCCAAAACAACAACCUCCAAGCAAACAAAGCCUCUCACACCCUUCGUCAAAGCCCCAUCCGACCUCCAACCAUUCCUCGAACCCCUCUCCGCCAAAGAAAUCUACCUCAUCCACAUCGACCGCAAUCCCAUCGAGCUGAAGAAACAAGCCUUCAUCGUCCCGAUCAUCUUAAACGCCCUCAUCACCGCCCUCAUCGCAUGGCGCGUCUACAAGGGUCUCGCCAUCUACCCGCCUCUACUAGCCACGGCGCUUGGCUUUACCAGCUCCAUGAGCAUCGAUACCUCCGCUAUCUCCUGGGAGGAGAUUGGCGGACACAUCUUUCGUCGCGCGGGGACGUUUAUCGUCGACUAUAUCAUCCUGUCGCUAUUUCUCGCAUGGCCGAUUCGAUUCGUGCGCGGUCCCGUGCGCUGGCGUUAUGUAGUCGGUUUCCGCGAGAGGGAGGUUAUUGUUCGUCGUAGCCAGAAGAGCUGGAGUGAGAAGCUGAAGCCGAAUAAAUGGAUCUAUGAAGAUGAGGAGACGGUGCAGAAGAUUGUUGUGCCCGCUGUGACGCCUGAGAAGAUUCAGAAGAGUGGGUUGCUGCUUGUGGAUGCGCAUUGGGAUUUGGAUUAUGAGGGCAUGAUCCGCGCGCAUGGACUGGUUGAUAAGACUCGUAAGGGGGAGGGCGUGCCGUUGGAUGAGUUCCGGACGGCAGUGCUUGUUCAUACGGAGGAUGAUGGGUGGUUGAUUUGGCGGGUGGCGGAUGAGGAGACGGAUGAGGAACGGAAGAGGCAGAGGGAUAAGAUUGUCCUGUUCAAGGAUAAGUUGACGUUGAUGGGUAAGGAGAGUCUGUUCUUCCGCUGGGUAGAGUUGAUUCAGUACGAGAGCACCCAGCCUGGUGGCUUUACGCCCGAGAGGCAACGGUCCGCUAUGGUACAGGCGAAGCAGAUGUUUGAGAAUGAGGGCAUUGACUUCUCCCAGUUCUGGCGGGAGGUCGGUGGUAUGGAAGGCUUACCCGGAUUCGAAUGAUAGGAACGUUGUCACUUCCAUUGUGGUUGGGCUCUAGCAGGCAGUCGUUUACGCAGGAUUAGAUGUAGGCUUGUCUAUGUUCAUAUGUACAGUACCAAUACACAAUAAAUCAUGGAGAAUAAAAGGACAUGUCCAUGAAUCUCAAAUACACAGCGCCCCUUGUCAAGGUCCCCACACAAGUACUCAAUCUCAUCCGG